AUGAUUUGGUAUUUGAUAUUAUUAAUCAAUUUGAUAAUUGGAAGUAUUAUUAGUAAUGGCAAUACAAAUCAUAAUGAAGAUAAAUCAUUUUUAGCGCUACCAAACAAUAAUAUUUAUACAAGAAGUCAUUUUUCAAAUAAAAUCUUUAAAGAAGAACAUAUUGAAGAAGAAUCUAUUGAAUUACCGGAAUAUCAUCAUUUGGAUGAUGAAUCUUUGAAUGCUUUGAAUGUUUCCAAGAUUCAUUCUAAUGAAACAAGUACCAACUCAUCAUUAUUAUUAUCAUCAUCAUCUGAAACAUUAAAUAAAUCAAAAAAGAAAUCAUCUAAAAAUCUUCGUAAAGUAUUUCGUAAACAGUUGAGUUCCAUAGAUAUGGGAUUUAGUGGAAGUUACUAUCUUUGCUCUAAUGCUAAUUUAUUGAAUAUUCCAAAUAUAUUUUACCAUAUUUUUACUUUAAUCUCUGUCAUGUGUUUUAUGACGGUUUCUUAG